AUGUCUUUCUUGAGAAAUUGGUUCGGCACCACCACCACAGCUCCUGAGGUGCAAAAGGAGCAGAAGACGCCAGUCCGCGCUCUGCCUGCCUCGUGGUAUACCUCACAGGAGAUGUAUGAGCUGGAGCGACGCUCCAUCUUCUCUCGCAAGUGGUUGCUCACCACACACAAGCACCGCGUCCCCAACGCUGGCGACUGGGUCGAAUACGAUGCUGCUGGCUUCAAGUUCAUCGUCUCCAGAGACGACCAAGGUCAGAUCAAGGCCUAUCUCCACGACAACAGUCUGACUCCUAUUCAUGUGCACAUCGACCGCAACGACUUCAUCUGGGUCAAUCUGGACUGCAGUGAGACUCCCGAAGUUGCGUGGGAAGAUGACUUCCAGGGCGUGGAUGAGCAGCCUCGUUUCGACUACUACAACUUUGACGAGUACAACUUUGAUCACACCUGGGAUAUGGAGGGUGAAUUUAACUGGAAGAUCUUGGCCGACAACUACAACGAGUGCUACCACUGCCAGGUCGCCCAUCCCGAUAUCCCUACGAUUGCCGAUCUGCACUCUUACUACGUGAAGACCAAGGAUGGUCACAUCCAGCACUAUGGCGCUCAACGUCAAGAUCAGAUUGACAAGGGCUUCCGCAUUGCGACGACCUAUUUCUGGCCCAACGCUUCUUGCAAUGUCUCUCCCCACUUCUUCUUCAUGCAACGCUUCACUCCCAUGAGCCCUACCAAGUCCGUCAUGCGCUACGAGGUCUACCGCCACAAAGACGCCACCGACGAGCAGUUUGAGCUCAUCAGUAACAUGUACAAGCGCAUCAUGUCCGAAGACAAGUAUCUGUGCAUCCACACGCAAAAGAACCUUAACGCCGGCGUCUUCGUCAACGGUCUCCUCCACCCUGAGAUGGAGAAAGGUCCACUUCACUUCCAGAGUACAGUUCGUGAGGUUGUGACCGAGCACUUUGACAAGGAAGAAGCAGCUGGGCACCAGAUCUGGCCUGCCAAGGUCGAAACGCCAAAGGCCGAGAUUGGUGUGGAGGGAGAAAUUGCCCUUCGAACGGGGAAUACCACUUACGCGGAUGCGGACAUUAUGCAAGAUUCGUUUACGGGUGGUCUUGCCCCGGCGAUUGCUGUUUGA